CAACAUGUUAACAUCUGUUCGUUCACUUUUACUAAUGUUUUGCUGGAUGCCGACGAUGAAACAUCAGACGCUGGUGAAGGGACGACUUCAGGUGAUGCCUCGCAGCUUUCAAAGGUUUCACUCUGAACAAUGGAAGAUGUCAUGAACACCUCACUGUAUGGAAGCUUUAAUAACAGCAGCGGCACCUUCAGCUUCUGUUAUUUCACAGUAGUUGAUCUCACUUGGUGUGUACUGACAUACAUCAUCGUUUCUAUCGGACUUCCUCUCACCCUCUUGGCGAUUUAUUCUCUGUAUUUACUGGUGCGAGACGAUCAUGUUGCUCCGAUCUACGUCAUCAACCUUCUCAUCACAGACCUCAUUCAGCUCUGCUGCAUGAUUGUGUUUCUGAGGCGAGAUACACAUCCGCUAGUAUCCAACAUCUUCAAUAAUAUAUAUGUCUAUAUUGUGGGUGUCAGCAUUGGCUUCAUGGUCUGUGUCGCUCUUGAAAGGUAUUUGGUCAUCGUCCACCCACUGUGGUACCGCUGCAGACGUACCAUCAAGAGCUCUGUGGUGAUCAGUGUUCUCGUCUGGGUCCUUCCUAUUUUCUUAAUCUGGUUUCCAAGUGGUAUACCUUACGUCCUUCUUCUUCCCUUCCCAUUCUUCAUAUUCUUCCUGGUCAGGACUGUUAAAGUUCUGUCUGCUUCCGUCUCUGUACCCUCUGAUGAAAAACGACGAAUUGUGGGAACUGUGGUUCUAGUGCUGCUUAUUUACACUCUGUUGUUCCUGCCCAUUCUCAUUUCCAUACUGGCAGAGGGACUUCAACAUCUCUCCAUCCUAGCCUCAUUGCCUGUCCUGCUGAGUCCGCUUGCAGACUUAUUACUAUAUGUUUUCAUGAAGAAAGGGAUCAUAGACAAGUUUCUGGCCUCUGUGUGUUGUUGCAGAAUGGACAGCAAUGAUAUCAGAAGAGCAGACAGUAAUGAUGUCAGCACAAUAGACAACAACGAUAUACACAGGAUGGACAGCAAUGAUACCAGCAGAAUAGACAGCAAUGAUAAAUGCAGGAUGGUCAGCAAUGACAUCAGCAGAGUAGACAGCAAUGACAUCAGCAGAAUAGACAGCAAUGAUAUAUGCAGGAUGGACAGCAAUGAUGUCAGCAGAUUGGAGUGCAACGAUACCAGCCGUCCAUCAGUGUGAGUGAUGACAACAUUAACACAGCCGGCUUCAUGUAGGCAGAGAUAGACAGAGAGAGAGAAAUAAAGGACAGAGAUAAUACAGAAACUGUCAUCGAUGAGUUACAAUAAUAUUCUAAACUGUCUAUUAACCUGUUCAGGGGCCACAUCAGUAGAAAGCUGGUUAGCCUCCACUUCCCGAGUGAAAUGCAAGCUAAACUGCACGAUGAAUGGCGAAUUUUUCAUGUUAGCAUUCCUGCUAGCCUGAAGUUUAGUGACUGUUUCCACAAAAUAAAGCUUUAUUUUCUUAUAAUUAACGAGGAAAGAAACAGAAGAAAGAGUAAGACAAGAGAGGAGAGAGAGUUUAUCAUCUCAUUUCUUCAUCUCUUCUGGUGUUUUUACUUUGUUUUCCAUCAUCCUCUGUUUCAUUAUUGUCUAAAAAGUAUUAAAUACGAAAACGCCACUGAAAAUAGUCCACGAUAAAUGUGCUAUUUUCCUCCCAUUUGUUGGAUUAAAACUACACAGAGCAAAAACUUCACUAUUUAUGAAACGUUAAUAAUGUAAAUACUGUAAAUAUCCUAUUUAUUUAUUCUCUUUUAGUUGCUGUGUACUUAACAUGCUGACUUGUGUACUUAAUGUGAUGACUUGUUUGUCUGUGUUCAACUACUCCACGUGC